UGAAGUCUAAUUCUGUGUUUCAGAGUUAGCUUCCUCUCUCUCGACAAGCUUAUAAUGGCUGCAGGGAUUGUAAUAUCAAAACUAAUUCCGAUAAUUUCUUACAUAUCCUUUUUAGACCUAGUUGUUUCAUUCAACACCAUAAUACCAACCUCUCCAACCUCUCUACAGAUGACUUCAUCAAUUCUCUCCUUAGAAACACAAAUGUCGAUUUCCCACUCGAGCAAACGUUCUUUGCCCCUUCCAAAAAUGUCUCUAUGUAUAACGAAGUCCUUGAAUGUGCGGCUGAGAAUCUCCGGUUCUUGGGUAAAACCAUGCCUAAACCGGGAUUCAUAUUCAAACCGAUUGACGAGUCUCACGUCCAAGCUUCCGUUAUUUGUUCCAAGAAACUCGGAAUUCAUCUUCGUUUCAGAAGCGGCGGUCACGACUACGAAGGGCUGUCUUAUGUAUCGGAGAUGAAAAAACCAUUUAUAUUGAUGGAUCUGUCAAAGCUGAGAAAGAUCGAUGUUAAUAUUGAAAAGAACAGGGCUUGGGUUCAAGCUGGUGCUACUAUUGGUGAACUUUACUACAGGAUUGCAGAAAAGAGCCAAGUUCAUGGCUUUCCGGCGGGUUUGUGCUCAAGCAUAGGCAUAGGAGGGCAGAUAACAGGAGGUGCGUACGGUACUAUGAUGAGGAAACAUGGUCUCGGUGGAGAUAACAUGCUAGACGCCAAGAUGAUUGAUGCCAUUAUCCACUUCCAGGAACUUGAGAUCACUUCAAAAUACUUUUAGUAGGAAUCACUUAAACAAUCUCAACAGACUUGUUUAAUCAG